CGACCGUACUCGGCCUACAUGCGCACCUUCCAUUCCAACACAUUGGUCCUCGCACACCAACUCAGCCAACAAUGAAGCAUACCUGGAGGUAACAGGUAUAAACACACUGUGAAACGUCAUCGCAGUGAGUAAGCAAUUAUCACAAUUUGAUCGCGUAAACAAGUGUAUUGAACCUCCCAGAAAACUGAUUCUAAACUACCCUAAUCUAGUGCUACUUAAUUGCCUUAAAUCUAACUUAGUCUAAUGUAGUCUAGUGCCUAGAAACUACCGUAUAACUACAACUAAAGUCGGAUAGCGAUAGCAGUUACCCACUAGCGGGAAUCCGUGGUUUAUAUUUUGCUAAAAUUCGACCUAAAUCGCACCAGAAUUUCCGUAUCGUAACCAGAUAAACGAAAUACAGUAGGCACUAAACGAAAAUUAUAAUCUCCCGUUACGAAACCCGAGUGUUUUAUUGGAGAUUACAAUUGCGGAAAUACCCUGCUGUUACUCCGUUGGCCAAAGUCAACAUAUUAUAAUUUUCGUUUAUACGAAUAUCUACGAUUAAUUCUCCGGUAUGUCGAACCGAAAUAGAGCGAAACAGAGUGGAAAAAGCACUUCAGAGGGUGCCAAAGAUAAUGCUACUGCGGCAUGGCCAAAACCGGUAGGAAGGGGUGUGUCGGACAGUGGAAAAGUGUGUGGUAGUGGUAAAAUUGGACAGGUGAUCUCAAAAGUUCCAAGGGGUAAGCAGUUCGAUGAUACUGUACCCGGCUGGGCGUGUAAAAUCUGCCAGGGAGCGGAUACCGAAGAUAUGGUACAAUGCGAUGUUUGCGAUAAGUGGCAUCAUUAUGAGUGUGUUGGAGUAGCAGACGAUAUUGCGAACGUCAGCUGGAGAUGUCCCAACUGCGUAGCUGAAAGGGAGUACCAGCGUAAACUGCAGCAGAUCCCAAAAUAUGCAGGUGGUCAAGACAAAUCGUCUAAACAAAAUCAAACCGGUGGUGAUUCGGUUAUUCCUGCGGUCCCGAUUAAUGCGCCGCUUGGAUUACCCAUCGCAGUAGGUGUGGCGGGCCCUUCGAUUUCGUCUGGACGAAAUCCAAUAGUUUCCAAAAUGGUUGCGGCUUUGGAGGUCAAGCAGUUUAAACACAGUCAAUCUAUUACGUUGCCGGUGCAUCCCAAUCCGGACACGAAGGCGACUAUAUUAGCGAAUAGAGCAAGGUCAGCAAAUUCACAAUCGUGCUCGAUAAAGUCGCUUUUGAAGCUAGAACUUCAAAAAUUAGAAGAGGAGCGGGCUUUCGAACAACAGGAGGCGGAGAGACGUAGAAUUCUGGAGCAGGAGGAAGCAAAAAGACGACGAGAUUUCGAGCUGCGUGAAGCGGAGAAGUAUCGUGAAUACAUCAAGAAGAAAUAUGCUCUACUUGAAGAAAUGUCGAACCGGUCUGAUUCAAGUCGCAGCGAGGCGGCGAGCAGAGUUAAUGAUUGGGUAAGCAGCGUAAAUAUUAUGCAACAAAGAGGGCGGAAAGUUACUCAGACCGCUCGCGGCUUCAAUCCACACCAACAUUCUAGUCAGCAUCAAUUCUCGUUUCCGGACCAUGAUGAUAUUCCUCGAAGUAAUUCACCAGCCGUAGGUUCCAUUAUUGGAAGCGCAUGUAAUGUUCAAGGAGAAUCGAUGAUAGCUGCAGACCGAACCCGUUCUCAUUCCAACGUCACGAUCCAUGGUAACGAAUGCCGGAUUGCACAUUCCGGACGAAUGACGCAACGAGCUAGUCAACUGCCAAUACGUGAAGAAGAGGAACCGGAUCCUUGUCAUCUCAGCAAGAAGCAAUUAGCCGCACGUCAAGCAGUUUCCAAGGACCUGCCCUACUUUUCCGGCAAACCAGACGAGUGGCCUAUUUUUAUUUCGGUCUACAAUAGCACCACGGCUAUGUGUGGAUUCUCUGACGAAGAGAACAUCAUCCGUCUUCAAAAGUGUCUGAAGGGGAAGGCUUACGAAGCUGUACAAAGUCGACUGCUGUAUCCGUCGAAUGCUCCGGGUGUAAUUGCAACAUUGCGGAUGCUUUAUGGACAACCAGAAGCUAUUGUCCACUCAUUGAUAGGGAAAAUCAAUGCGCUUCCCCCACUGCGGGAAGACAAACUGGAAACCAUCGUAGAUUUCGCGGUGAACGUACAGAAUUUCUGUGCUACAGUCGACGCUUGCGGCAUUGCAGACUAUAUGUACAACAUCUCUCUUCUACACCAGCUCGUCAGUAAGCUUCCUCCUACUAUCAAGUUGGAUUGGGCACGGUAUCGACAGACCCUUUCUGUCAUUAACCUAUCCACAUUCGGAGAAUGGAUAUACUCUUUGGCUGAGGCAGCAAGCGCUAUUAUUAUUCCACCAGUGAUGGUGGAGACCAAAUCAGCACGCUACGAGGCGAAAGGGACCAAGAAGGAAAAUGCCUUCCUUUAUGCACACUCCGAAACAUCAUACCCACCCCCUUCACCAUCGAUCGCGCCACAGAGUGGUGUUAGGGAAGAAAAGUUAAAAGAAUGGGUUGAUGACAGCUGCGCAAUCUGCAAAGGCAAUUGUAAAGCAAUCGCUAAAUGCAUGCGUUUCCAGGAGCUGUCCAGGGAUUCGCGGUGGGCCGCUGUGCGGGAAUUCAACUUAUGCCGGCGAUGUCUCCACAAGCAUAGCGCUAACAGUUGUUAUGCUAAGUUGUGUGGAAUAAACGGAUGUACAAGAAUGCACCAUGAACUGCUGCACAACGAUCGAAAGGACGAUUUCAUAGUGACACACUCAGAUAAAACAACACCGUCUCCGCAGAUACAGAAUGAAGAGCACACUCAAGGGUUCAAUUUACACCAUUCUAAUUCAAGCGCUGUGUUGUUCCGUUACAUACCGGUUGUUCUACACGGAAAACACCGUUCCGUACAAACGUACGCAUUCUUCGAUGAGGGGUCAGAGUUGACACUACUCAUGUUGGAAGGAACAAUGCAACCGUUAUGCCUCAAAUGGACUGGGGGUACACUGCGCAACGAGAUGAAGUCCGAAGUCGUCAGCCUGGAGGUGUCGGGAAUGGAGAACAAUGCCAAGAAGUUCAACCUCGACGCUGUACGAACCGUUGAAAGUCUACUUCUACCGCGUCAAACAGUCGACAUGGAGAAGUUGGUGCAGCUAUAUCCUCAUCUACGCAGAUUACCUAUCGAAUCAUACCACGAAGCUAGACCACGCAUUCUGAUCGGUAUGAAGCACGUAGGAGUAAGUGUCGCCCUGAAGACUAAAUUAGGGGGUUACGAUGAACCGGUCGCAGUAAAGACUCGAUUGGGGUGGACCUUAUGUGGCGGAUAUAAGAAGAAUGAAUCCGUCUCCACAGGACAUUGUGCAUUUCACGUAUGCGCAGAAACAGAGCACUCCGACAAGAACCUACAUAAAACCGUGAAUACUCAUCGCACGCAGGAUAGUCUAAGCAUAGAAAAAUUCGAUAACAUCCUUAUAUCUUCCGAUGUUCAUGGCGCAGAGAACUCAGACCUAAAAGUAAAACACCAUGAAACCCAUCUGUCUGUGCGUUGCGACGAUGUACUUCUACCAGACUGUGGUGAAUUGACUCUUCGUCGACACCAAAACCGAUCGUCGACAGCACAAAAAGGUGCCAGCAUGUACGAGCGACCUACUUCAAAGCUGGUGAUGUUGGACGUUUGGCGCGAUAAAUAG